AUCAUCUACUCCCUUUUUUUAUGUUAAUAGCUUUCUAUUGUGGGUUCUUUCCAAGGAUUUCUGUUACUCACAUCAUUCCUGUAUAUUCUUUCUGCUCUUUUCUUUGACAUCUUUUCUACUGGAGAAAGAAUCAAUUUUGAUCGAACUGUUCCCUGAACAAGAUUCCAAGGUUGUGUGCUACAUACCGCCAGUUGAUGAUGGAUUAUAGGCACUCAACCGUUCUGAUUAAUGCAGUCUGGUUGAAGAGCUGAAACUAAUUUUGGGUAUUUAGAGCUUCCAUCCCCAAUACAAUAAGGAUUGCCCUUCUUUUUUCCUCCCUUUCUGGAAAGCACAAAAGUGUUCAUGUGUUUUGGUGCUUCACAGUUUUUGACUCAAACCCAACAUGCAAGAUCUUGUUAAGUUCUGCUUCUUAUCCUGGAACCAGCUCUAUUCUUAUGAAGAUGCUUGGCAGUGGUACAUGACAACCACCCCCUCUCUCAUCAUGGAAAAAUUGCUCUUCUUUUAUCACAGAACUGUAUCGAUUUAAUCUGGUAGAACUGCAGUUCUGGUCAUUUUCUAAAUUGGUCUCCAGUUUCGGCUUUGGAUCCUCUCCUUGCACCAUAAAACUUACAGAACAGUCCUAGAAAAUGCUCUCUCUGAGAGAGAAAAAAAAAAAAACUCACUCCUGUAUUUUUUUUCAAGGUGCUCGAGUGAUCCGUUGAAUUUUUCAAGGUGCAUCAUCUUUCCAAAUAACUCAAAGAAGAAAGGAACAAAAUAAGUUAAAUAACUAUUAUAAUAAUAAUAAUAAUAGUAAUGACUUAAGAAGAAUUAGUGAUGGCCGGCAACCGAGUUCUGGUGGAUUUGCACAGCGUAACUGGUCAAGGCCCGAAGUUUCUGGAGAUAAUAAUACAAAAUGUUUCCUUGGUCGUUGACUGGGUUAUUUAAAUCGUAAUCAUCCUCAAAGGAAUUGCCUCUCAUUCCAUCAGGUUAUUGAAUUGGUCUCCUUCUCACUCCAUCAAUAAACAAUACAGUUAGAAACAACAAACACGAUAUAGCGUUGAACUUCAUUCAAGUAUGCAUCAAGCCUGGCCACCAAAAGGGCCACAAGCCCCUGCAAAUGAAGAAGACACCAAGUCCACAUCUCAGCCGGCCAAACCAAAGGAAACAUGAAGCACAUCUCCGAGAUGGAGCGACCAUCAACGCCACAUAAGUACCAUCAGAAGAAUCAGUCUGCCUUGAACUAUAUCAAAGCUGCAGCCAAGAAAUUGGCAGGAGUUUUCUCAACCUUGGCUUUUCUCACCCGCCCAACGAAGACCGCCUCUAAGGGAGCUCCUGCCACACCUGAUGGCAGCAGAAACUAUGGCCAACCUCCUGGGAUUUCCUGCAGUAACAAUAAGAGAUCAUCAAGGUUCAAGUACUCUGACUCCUAUGGCUCUUCCAAUGCUGCAAGUGGGCAGCUGGUUACAGAGAAUUUCUCCAUUGAAGAGAUCAACAAAGCAACCCAAAAUUUCUCCCAGGCAAAUAAAAUUGGAGAAGGCGGGUUUGGAACGGUGUAUAAAGGGAGGCUCGGGAAUGGAUCCCUCGUUGCUAUAAAGCGUGCAAAGAAGAACAUGUAUGACAAGCGCUUAUCACAAGAGUUCAAGAAUGAAAUCCUUACAUUGUCGAGGAUCGAGCAUCUGAAUUUGGUGAAGUUAUUGGGAUAUCUGGAGCAUAAAGAUGAAAGGAUUAUCAUAAUUGAAUAUAUUGGCAAUGGAACACUAAGGGAACAUCUGGAUGGUACUCAAGGGCUUGAAAUUGCAGAGCGUCUGGACAUUGCAAUUGAUGUAGCUCAUGCAGUUGCAUAUCUACACAUGUACACAGAUACUCCCAUAAUCCAUAGAGACAUCAAAGCAUCAAACAUCCUUAUCACAGAGAAACUACGUGCCAAAGUAGCAGACUUCGGGUUUGCACGGUUGGCAGCAGAGGAUCCAGGUGCCACUCACAUUUCAACUCAGAUCAAAGGAACAGCAGGCUAUUUGGACCCGGAAUACCUCAGGACAUAUCAACUUACUGAGAAGAGCGAUGUUUACUCCUUUGGGGUGUUGCUUGUAGAAAUGGUGACAGGAAGACACCCCAUUGAAUCAAAGAGACCGCUCAGUGAGAGAGUGACCACAAGAUGGGCAAUGGAGAGACUGAAAGAAGGGGAUGCAGUACUUGCUAUGGAUCCAAAACUGCGAAGGAAUCCAGCAUCAAACCAGGCAGUUGAGAGAGUCCUGAAACUCGCUCGCCAAUGCCUUGCUCCUCUCAGACAAUCAAGACCCUCCAUGAGGAAAUGUGCUGAAGUUUUGUGGGGAAUCCGAAAGGAUUUCAGAGAGAAAGCUUUCUCUUAUUCUCCUUGUCCUAGCUCUCACCGUUCUGAUAAUUUUCUCAAUAAAGACGCGAGAAAGAAUCGCCACCAUGCUUUCGGCCUAGAAGAUUGUGACAACUACAAAUUUGUUUCUGCAUGAGUGUUUGAUUAUGGCAUUUGUCCAUAUCCGUAUUAAUGUAUAAAUCUCAAAUUUAUACAUAAUUUUUGGGUGCUUCAAUCACAACCACGGUCUGUUCUCCAGAUCAGAUUCCUGCA